CUUUCUUUGUUCAUUUUAGAUGGAACCACUGUCAUGGUUAAUCAUCUUGAGUGCUGUCAUGUUUAUUGGUAGUUACAUUGCUGGGUCACUUCCACUUGCUGUUCAGCUAUCUCAAAAGAAAGUACACUUACUGAGUUCUUUUGGCGGAGGAAUGUUAAUAGGCACAUGCUUGGUGGUUGUCAUCCCUGAAGGCACUGAAGCGAUAUAUAAGAGUACAUUACAAGUCAACAAUACUGGACAACAGCAUCUACAGAAACGUGAUCCAAGUGGAGAAGGCGAUGGACACGCUGCAAUGGGCAUAGCCUUGAUUGUAGGAUUUGCGCUCAUGUUCAUCAUUGAUCAACUAAGCUCUCAAAAGACAAAGCCUUCAAUGAACGGUCAAGAAUACUCAGAGUUAGAAGUAAUAUCUGGAGAAAGAGAAAGAGAAAGGGAUUCAGAACAGCAUCGUCAUGACAUGUCGACAGCAUCUGUCACGGGAUUGCUAAUCCACGCCGCUGCAGAUGGCAUUGCUCUCGGUGCUAGUGUGACGCGCCCAGAGCUAUCAGUAAUUGUGUUUUUAGCUAUUAUUCUGCAUAAGGCGCCAGCCGCAUUCGGAUUGACCUCUUUACUACUCAACAGCGGAUUAACCAAGACAAGUAUUCAAAAAUAUUUAAUCCUAUUUGCUCUGGCUGCACCGACAGGGUCCAUAUUGACCUAUCUCUUAGUGGGCUUAUUUUCAUCCAAUGUGACAUCGACCGAUAUAGAGUACUUCUCUGGCCUUUUGCUGGUAUUUUCAGGCGGAACGUUCUUGUUCGUUGCCAUGCACGCAUUACAGGAGGUAUCACAUUCAAAGCCUAACGAAGUCAAUCGACCGACACAACUACUAAUUACUCUUGCUGGUAUGCUUAUUCCCACCACACUUAAUAUUAUGCAUAAUCAUUGAAAAUGGAU